UAUUGUCCAGGUGAGUCGACGCUGUGUAUAAGUGCAGCCGGGAUUACGGCAGGUUACACAGCUGGGCAUUUCCGACACAAGUCUGGUACAUGAAUGGAUGGGAAGAUGUUGCUGGUGUUGCUUCUAACUGCCGUGGCUGCAGUAUCCGAGGCCCAGACCGAUUGCUCUGAAGGAGCUUGUUACCCGCGUAGUAGUGACCUGCUUGUGGGUCGUACUGAUCAACUCCAUGCCUCAUCCACCUGCGGUCUGACCGGCUCCGAGGUCUACUGCACGCCAUACCAACAGAGGAAGAUGAAGUGUUGUCCAUGUGACUCCACAAAUCCAAACGGUCCGCUGGCCCACACCGUAAAGGAAGUCCUCUCCACCGCUGGACCGGAGAGAUGGUGGCAGUCUCGGAAAGAGGUCAGUCCAGUGACGCUUCAGUUGGACUUCAACAAUCUCUUCAAGCUGGACAACCUGGUCCUGAGCUUCAAGGGUCCACGUCCCAACGCCAUGGUCAUCGAGAAGACGAGUGAUAAUGGCAGGACGUGGCAGCCUGCCCUCUACAUGGCCACAGAUUGUCAGUCAUCUUUUCCAGGAGUUUCUACCGCCACCCCUGUUACUUUGGACCAGACAUAUUGUCACAGUCUGCCCCCUACCGGAGCAAACCCAUUUCAAGAGCAUACAAUCGAGUUCAGUCCAUUGCGUCAAUACGCCUACGUUCCAGUUCCCACCACCCAAAAAAUUAACGAUGUGGCCGGUUUAACGGGUCUGAGGGUACGGCUGGCGGAGCUGGGCGAUGUCCCGCGUCCACCGGGCCGAGCCCUCAGCAGGUUUUUCGCCCUGAAGGAGAUGAAGGUGAUGGGCAGCUGCCUGUGUCACGGACAUGCCAGCCACUGUCUGCUGGAGGCCAACAAUAAGGUCAGCCCUCAGUGUGACUGCCAACACAACACCGCUGGGGUCAACUGCGAGCGCUGUGAUGACCUCUACAAUGAUCUACCCUGGAGACCUGCAGAGGAAGGGGACACGUUCAUCUGCCAACGCUGCGAGUGUAACAACCACGCCGAGCGCUGCCAUUUUGACCCGGCGGUGUAUGAGGCGAGCGGGCGGAGGAGCGGAGGUGUGUGUGAGGGGUGUUUGCACCACACCACGGGACCCAAGUGUGACCAGUGCGCUCCUGGAUACCAGCAGAACCCUCACAGCCAGAUGGAUCGUCCUGAUGCUUGUUUACGUUGCGUGUGCAAUGCCGAAGGGUCGCUGAACGGAGGCCAGUGUGAUGACGAUACAGGUUUAUGUCAGUGUAAGGUCCACGUUGAAGGCCCACGCUGUGAUCACUGCAGGAUGGGAUAUUACGGCCUUUCUGCUUCCAACCCUACGGGUUGCUCCAAGUGUUCCUGCUCUCCGGAGGGAUCUCUCUCAGAUAUUUGUGACGCAGUGACGGGUCAGUGUCCUUGUCGGCCACACUUCCACGGCCCCGGCUGUCAGUCGUGUGCACGAGGAUACUGGAAGCCUCCGCUGUCCGAGUACUGUCAACUCUGCAGCUGCGACCCCACCAGGUCUUUCAGCGAUACCUGUGACCAGUCGACAGGACAGUGUCAGUGUCGGCCCGGCUUUGGAGGUCGGACUUGUGACGGAUGUCCCCCCAACACGUAUGGAGACCCUCUCAUCGGCUGCAAGCCUUGUCUCUGUGAUGCUGAAGGUACCGAAGUUUGCGACAAGCGAACGGGAACCUGCGUGUGUCACCCAGGCGUCGCGGGGCCUCGCUGCGACUCGUGCAGUCGAGGACGAUGCGAUUCGUUCCCUGCUUGCAAAGCGUGUCCUUCCUGCUUCUUCACCUUGGAUGCCCAGCGACAGUCCCUCGGUUCGGCUCUGAAGGGGAUAACCCCGACACUCCCGUCUCCUCCAGGAGGCUUGGGAAAUCUUGGAAAUUUAGGGCCCAAAAUUCGAGACCUGGAAGAUCGUCUUAAUUCGAUUCAGGACUCUAUCUCCCUUCCGCCUACUUCUUCCAAACAGAUUGAUGAUGCUCGGUCCCAGCUGAAGAACCUAAGGGACCAGGUGAACAACAUAAAUAAUGACCUCUCACCUCUGGGAAAAAGACCCGAUGUGAGCAAAGAGCUUGACAAACUGCAGGACCUGCUGGACACCCUCGAUGGGGAGUACAAUGCCAAGAAAAAUGCCGUGGGAAACUCCAUCAAUCCCGGCGAUGCAGGAGCUUUCACUGCCAUCAAAAACGCCUACGAUGACUCCACGGAUGCUGAAAAGAAAGUAAAUGCCACUAAGGACACAGUAAAGGAGUCUGCUAACGUCAGAGAAGAUACUCUAGAUCUUCAGAAAAAAGACUAUCCAAACAACACUCAAGAUCUGAACAAACUCGACGAGAAUAUGGCGUCCCGUCCGAACCUCACCCCUGCUGCUAAGAAGGUGUGUGGCAGUCUUCGGACCGAGCCCUGCACCCCACGACAGUGUGAAGGUGAGGAGGACCUGUGUCCACCGGAGAGAAUGGUACCCUGUGAGAAGAACUCAACAUGUGUCGGUGCCCUUCCUCUGGCAAAGACGGCCGAUGCGGAUGUGAAAGAAGUCAAAGAUCGACUGGAAAAACUCAGCAACAAAAUCACAGAAGCUGCAGAGCAGCUCCUAGACACACAAGAUACCACCAACGACGUGAGGCAGUCAGCAGAUGAUCUGAAGAACAAGAUGAAACAGGCCACCAAUGAACUGGAGGAGGACUUCAAAGAGACACAGGAUGUUGUGAAAGAGCUGAAAGACUUUCUGUCAGACCCAGCAUCCAACCUGAGCCACAUUCAGGAUGUGAGCGACUGGAUCCUGAACACCAAGCUGCCUCUGAGCCCACCUGCUCUAAAGAGGAAGCUGGAGGACCUGAAAGAUCUGGCAGCGAACCUACCAGACAGUACAUCCAUUGUUAGCAAAGCACGGCCUCAGUUGAUUGCCGCCAAAAAACUGUUGGAAAAGGCUCAGGAUGCCAGAGAUACAGCAAAGGGGGUGAAGGAUAAAGUGGAUGAACUGCGGCAAGGCUUUGACUCGGUGGAGGGCUCGCUUUCUGACAUGGAAGAAAAACUGGAGGACACCAUGGAUCUCACAGACGCCUUGAACAACAACGUGACUAAGGCCAAAAACCAUCUGAACCCAGCGGAGAAGACUCUUGACGAUGUAUCAUCAAUGAUCGCUCCAACCAAAGAUCACAUGGAUGAGCUCAAACGCCUUGUGCCGGAUGGACGCGAGUCUGCUGAGAACGCACAGGAAAAUGCGGACAAUGCUGAGAAAGAUGCAGGAGCUGCCAAUCAGGACAUGUUGUCGGCUCAGAAGCAGCUGGAUCGCCUUAAGGACGAGGCUGCUGCCAGAGGGCCUGGUGGAGAAGCAGGGGAGGGUGCCGAGCGGCUAGCAAAGCUGAAGAAGGAUGCCGUAGCGCUGGGCAACACCACUGAAAGCAUGGUGGAUGCUCUGGAAGGAAAAGCAGAUUCCCUGAGGCAGUUGCAGGAUGAGAUCAUUCAGAAGUCCUCAAAGCUGGAGGGCCUCGAAGAGAGGCUUAAGGACCUUCUGGAAAAACUUCGAAAGAAAGCCUACGACCUGAGCACCUGCCAGGGCUGAGGACACAGAGCUGCUUUGACGAUGCCACAUUUUCCUCUUUUGGGAUGAACCAUUAUUACCAUUUUGAAUUCACAGGUUCCAUUUCACUAAUCCACAGGUGUGUGGGCUUUUUAAAAAUAUAUAUUUUUAUGAUAGACAUGUCUUGUGAAAGGUCAAACCCAAAUGUAUCAGUAUCACCGCACACUGCGUUAUUUAUUUUGUGUUGUUUUCAGCAGAAUCCAUUAUAUUUAAAUAAAGAUUUACUUAUAAU